UCGAUAUUGAUUGGCCAUUCCUAAUAUAUCGAUACGAUAGACUGUCUGUCGCAUUGAGUUACAUUUUCAUUUAAAUUUGAUUUGCAUUAAUUCUGCACUUAGAAGUUGCAAAGGUGAACCGCUGUAGUUGCCCCAUUGGCCAUGCCGGACGACACACAAGAUGCCAAAGCCCAGAAGCUGGCAGCAGCGCGUAAAAAGCUGAAAGAGUACCAGCAGCGCAACAACAACAACAUUGAGGAAAACAUUGGUACCAACACAAAUUCGUCAGCAGUAAGCAUUGCCAGUAAUUUAUCUGAACGCUCCGACUGCGAAUUAAGCUCAAGUAAUGGCGUCAGCAGCGGUGCGCCGCAGUCGCAGCAAACGCUGGAUCAGACAAUCGCAGCGCCCUCGGCAGCAGCAUAUUUUUCCCAGCAGGCAAUGCCAACGAUAGAGCCAGAACCAGAAACGAAAUCCAUUUGGCCUCUCAAUGGACAAGACGAUACUAAUUUGCAAGCCAUUCAGGUGUUAAUUGCAGAAAAGGCUCAAUUGAAUACAGAGUUAACGAAGAGCCGGCAUUUGUGCCGUGAGCGGGAAUUGGAGCUUGAGGAGCUACGCACAGAGCAUGGUCAGACCAUGGAGCGACUAGAGCAAAUACAGCAACAUUGUCAGGAACAACAACGUAGCACUGGACAGCAACGCAAUCAAAACGCCGAACUACAACACAAAUUAGCAGUGGCAAGUGCUCAGAUUGAAGACCAGCAAGCGCAUCUCAGUGAGCUUGAGGCUCAGGUGCAACAGCUCAAAACGCAGCAGGAAGAGCUGCAACAGCAACACGCCGAAAAAUGCAAUGAACUUGAUAUGGCUCAAUUGCGCAUUCGUCAGCUAUCGGACGAGUCGAACGUGAAUGCGGACAACCGCGUAGAGACCCUCACCCAAACACAGUAUAUGUAUGAGCAGCAAAUCCGCGAUCUACAGCAAAUGGUGACGCAGCUCACGCAGGACAAGGAACAAGCAGCAAUUCAGUAUCAGAACUAUGUAGCUAGCCUGAAGGAACGCAAUGUCGAACUGACCGAGGAGAGUGCCGAGCUCAAAGAGCGUGAACGCCAGCUCGUCGAACAUGUUAGCUGCCUCGAGCGUGAUAUACAAAAGAAUUUGGCUCUGCAAGCUCAAUACAAGGAAGCGGCCAAGAAGGAGGAGCAACCAGCGCCAGUACAAACAGAGACUGCAUCAAGUGUAGAGCUGGCAGCGCUGAAGGAAAAAAUUGGAGAUUUAGAAUUUGAACGACACGAGUUCCAGUUGAAGAUCAAAUCACAGGAUGAUCAAUUGCAACUGAAAGAGAGCAAACUUGCCGAGUUGGAGCAGGAAUUGGUUCGACUGCAAACAGAACAGCCGGAUCAGGUGAAGCUAUUGGCAACGAUGGAAUCCGAUAAAGUGGCAGCAUCGCGAGCGCUGAGCCAAAAUAUGGAUAUGAAACAGCAAUUAGAUGAGUUGCAGCAACGAUUUGUGCAGCUGACCAAUGAUAAAUUGGAGUUGGUCAAUAAGCUGGACGCCGAGGAGUUUGCCAAUCGUGAGAUACGCCUCAACUAUGCCAGUAUGGAGCAAAAGCUACAAACAAACGAAGAGCGUUUUAAAUUCAAGGACGAAGAAAUGAUACGACUCUCACACGAGAAUGUUGAGCUGCAGCGCACGCAGCUGAUGCUGCAACAGCAGUUGGAUCGACUGCGGCACUAUGAAGCCAAGGUUUAUCAUAGUCACGACCUGAGCGAAAUGUCCUCAGCUGAAACUGAUACAGCAGAAGGCGCUGUGGAGGUGAAUGAGCAUGAUGAUCAUGAGCACAAGCACAAUGAGGAGCAUCAUCAUCAUCAUCAUGAGCAUAAGCAUGAUGACGAUCAUCAUCAUCAUCACGAGCAUAAGCACAAUAACGACCAUCAUCAUCAUCAAGAACAUUCCCACGGCGAUCAUUUGUCAACUUGUGAAACACCUUUGCUGCCCACGGCCGAGGCUGUGGAAAAGCUGCAAUCGCGCUUUACUACGCUCAUCAGCAAAGUUGCCGAUUUGACCGAGGAAAAGCAGAGUCUGGAGCAUCUGGUGUUGCAGCUGCAAAGCGAGACAGAAACCAUUGGCGAAUACAUUGCUCUCUAUCAGACACAACGGCGCAUGCUGAAGCAACGCGAAUACGAGAAAGCCACGCAGAUGCGUUUGCUCAAAGCAGAACGUGAGCAGUUGCGUGAAAAGAUCGAUGCCCUCAACAAGCUGGUGGGUAGCCUGGGCCUAGCCGUGGAUCUUCCAACCGAAACGGCAGCCGACAAAAUUGCAGCAAGCAGCGAGGAGCAGCAGCAACAAUUGCCUUCAGGUGAUAACGUAACAGAGAACGAAAAUUCUCAACAGAUUUUACAUAAAAUACAAGAUAUUAUUACGGAAAUCAAGGUUAACACCGAACAGUCACCCAACGCGUCACUAACCAGCACAGGCCAGCCUGGCCAUGCCGUGGAUCAUCUCAACUGCUGCCUGGGCAAGUUUGAGGUUGUCUGAGCCCAACCAAAUGAAACUGCAAAUGUUAACAUAUUGUAUUCAAAGUGCAAUUAAUUGUUAAGCGUAAUCGCGUUUUCGCUUUGACCAGCCUCUGUAUAGGCUAUACACUUUUUUGUAUAUGUUUCAAGAAUAACGUUUAAUCAAAAAAAC